CACACACACACACACACGCACGCACGCUCUUACCUGAGCCAGUAGUUUUUCCAUCUCUGUCAUUCACUCAACCGCACGGUCGCGCGCGCACCCGCACGCAGCAGUCCUGCCGCUCACAGCCUCACGCUGCUCGGUCCGGUCCGCUUCAUCUCUCGCGUCAUGUCGAUCCAGGACAGAUCGAUCCUACACAUCCACAGACCGAACCGAGCCGAGCCGAACCGAGCUGGGUUAGAUCCAGCACAGGCACCGGGAGGAGAGAACAGUAAACAGCACGGGUCCGGGUCUUUCCGUUCACUCCGCGCGGUGAGUUACUGCGGGUCCAGACCGGAGCAGCGCGUGCUGCCCGUCAGGAGGCUGCUGCAGAGCGCGAGCCAAUCAGAAGGCGAGACACACAGCGCGAGAAGACGGACGGACAACCUUUACAGCUUCUUCCUGUAAAGGUGACAUUUUGGAGAUACAAGGUUCCCACCUGACAUAAGGUAGUACAAAGAUGCAUUACAACAUUAUGAACAAAAUAACUAACAAGAAAAAAAGAGCAGAGCUGCAGCGUGAAACAGUCAGAGAAACAUGUGUUUGACCGACAGCAGAGCAGGACCCUGAACGCACCACCAACAGGAAGUGAAAAUAAAAAUAAAACUCCAGAGAAACAGAUAAACAGUCUUUUAUUUUGAGCUCCUAUCAGACAGGAAACAGCAGCCAAAUGUGGUCUAACUGACGCAGCUGGCUGUCAAUCAUCUGUAUACAUACACACACACACAAUCACACACAAUCACACACACACACACACAGGGUUUAUAUAACUGAGGAACACACAACAGCUACAGUCUCUGAGCAGACAGACGGGUGUGAUGUGUGUCAGACAGACAGGUGUGAUGUGUGUGUUCAGGUGUGUGUGUGUGCUGCUGUGUGUGAGUGUGUGUGUGUGUCUGAACCUGCAGGAUGAAGCUGUGAUGUUCAGCGGACCGACAGGAAGUCUGUUUGGAUUCUCUGUUGAUUUUCACACCUUCAACAACAAGUCCUUUGUUGUUAUUGGAGCUCCUAAAGCCAACACCAGCCAAUCAGGUGUGAUGGAGGGAGGGGGCGUGUUCCUCUGCCCCUGGUCACCUGCAGGCGAGACCUGUAACAUCAUCAAGUUUGACGUGACAGGUGACGAGGUCUACAGCAGAGAUGAUCUGUUCUUCCAAACCUUCAAGAGUCAGCAGUGGUUUGGAGCUUCGGUGCGAUCAAUCAGCAACACACACUUACUGGCGUGUGCGCCGCUCUUCCAUUUGAACGUUCAGAGGCGAGGGGCGGAGUCAGGGAAGACACCUGUAGGGAACUGCCUCCUAUUGGACCAGAGCACUGGAAGCUCCACCUACUUCUCCCCCUGCAGAGGGAUCAUGAUGGAGGAAGACUACAAAAGGAUGAAUAACAGAAACGACCAGCGCUACUGUGAGGUUGGCUUCAGCUCUGACAUCACCAAGGACGGUCGGCUGCUGCUUGGAGCUCCAGGAAGCUUUUACUUUCAGGGUCAGGUCAUCACGGCGGCUGUGAGUGACGUCAUAAACAGUGGGCGGAGCAAUGAUAUUUAUGUGGCUGGCAUAAGCCAAUCAGAUGAGAGGGGAGCAUAUGACGUUUAUCAUGGUUACUCAGUGGCCAGUGGUCUGCUGACUGGAGACUCCAUCCCAGAUUAUCUGGUUGGUGUUCCAAAUGACAGAAACACAGCAGGAUCAGUGAAGAUCUACGACGGCAGGCGCAGAGGAUCACUGACAGUUUCCCACAGCUUCCAGGGAGCUCAGGUGGCGUCAUACUUUGGACACAGUGUGGCUGUGGCAGACAUCAACAGUGAUGGUUUAGAUGAUGUGCUGAUUGGAGCUCCUCUCUACAUGGACAGAGUGAAAGAGCAGCUACAGGAACGAGGACAGGUGGUUGUGUACCUGCAGAGAAGACACACCUCCUUCCUUUCCCAUCCUGACCAAUCACUAAUUGGCCUCUCCCUGUAUGGGCGGUUUGGCUCCGCCCUCGCUGUGCUGGGUGACCUGGACAUGGACGGUUACCAAGACAUCGCUGUUGGUGCUCCCUGGUCAGGUGACAGUGGGCAGGGUCAGGUGUUUGUCUACCUGGGCAACAAGAACGGUCUGUCAACCACGCCCUCCCAGGUGAUUGACAGCCCAUUGCCUAGCAGCAGGACAGCGUUCGGCUUUACACUGAGGGGCGGGGCUGACAUUGAUGGGAACGGAUACCCAGACCUGCUGGUGGGAGCGUGGAGUGCAGACCGAGCUUUUGUUUACAGGUCACAGGCGGUGAUCCGGUCCAGAGUUUAUGUCUCUCUGCUGCCAGACUUCCUGAAUCCAGACGUCAAACUGUGUCAUCGAGAAAACACACUUGUGUCCUGUUUUGUAAUCCAGAUGUGUGUCUAUGUGUCCGGCCACAGGAUUCCUCAGCAGACAGUACUGGGGAUGGAGCUACAGCUGGACAGAAUGAAGCAGCCAAUGGCAAAACGGACCCUGCUGCUGUCAACCAAUCAGCCACAGGAGACAAUGAAGCUGAUUGUACAAUGGGAGGUGGGCGUGGCCUGUGUCAAUCGGACCGCCUACCUGAGGUCUGAAGAGGAAGUUCGGGAUAAAUUGAGUCCGAUCUUCAUCAAUGUCAACAUCAGUCUCCUCAACACUACCCAGCAUGCUUUGCUGCACGGGCAAACACACGCAGCUGCUCAGACCAGGAUCAUUCUGGACUGUGGUGCAGACAACGUGUGUAUUCCCGACCUGAGGCUGAGCGCUGAGCCCUUGUCAGACAGUGUGUUGGUCGGUGAGGAUCAGUCGGUGGUGUUGUCGGUGUCGGCGGAGAACCAUGGUGAGGGUGCGUACGAGACUGAGCUGGUGGUCCAAAUCCCCGAACACACACACUUCCAAAGCAGUCAGGGUGUGAACAGGCUGGUGUGUGUUCAGAGGAAGGAGAACCAGACUGUCGUCGUGACCUGUGACCUCGGAAACCCCAUGAGACAAGGACACAAACUGCAGACUCGUCUGGUGUUCAGCGUCGGCCGUCUGGAGGAGGUGGAGUCUCACAUCACCUUCAACCUCAGGAUCAGGAGUAAGAACUCAGUGAACUCCAGCAGUAACAAGGUCACAGUGAAGGUUCAGGUGAAAGCCGAGGCGACGCUGGAGAUCAGAGGAGGCUCCUCCCCUCCUGAAAUCGUCCUGCCGCUCCCUGAUUGGCAGCCUGCAAUGCAUCCUGGGAGUUUAGAGGAAGUGGGUCCACUGGUGGAGCAUGUGUAUGAGUUGAGGAACCAGGGUCCCAGUGCAGUGAACGCCCGGCUCACAGUGGACUUCCCGUCCACCUGGCGACAUCACUUCCUGCUCUACAUCAUCUCCAACGCAUCAGAGGAGUCCCUGAACUGCAGGACCAUGAACGCAUCGCAGAUAGACCCCUUCAAGCUGGCUGGUAACUCCUCCAGUGUUUCUGUAGUUUCUCAGUUGAAUCAGCAGGAGGAGACAAACUCACACACACAGACUCAACAUGUGCGCUGCAGCAGCAGUGAGACGGGCUGUGUCAGGUUUGUAUGUGAUGUCAUGGCGUUGGAGCGGGGUUCCAGCGCUGUGGUCCGAAUAUCAGCUCGACUGUGGACACACACACUUACACAGACUCCCUAUCUGAACUAUGAGCUUGUGUCAUCCGCUUCCUAUGAUGUCAUCAACGCAUCAUCAAGGGUCCAACCUCUUCAACUGCCGAGUGGACACACACAGACUCAGGUCAGUGUGUUGUGGCGUUCUCCUGAUGGAGAGAAAGAGGUUCCUAUUGGCUACAUCAUCCUGUCAAUCAUCUCUGGGCUCCUCCUCCUGGGCCUGCUCUGUUUCAUCUUCUGGAAGUUGGGUUUCUUUAGGCGUGUUCGCCCCCCCACUGAUGAUGAUGAUGAGGAGGAGGAAGGAUAGCAGUGAUUGGCUGAAGAGUCACAUGACUGAAUAACAACAUGUUUGAAUAUUUAAUAGUUUGUUUUUUCAUCACUUUCGCUUUACAAAAUGUUCAUGAAAGAAUCUUUAAUCAUUCUUAAUUAUUGUAAUUUAUAUUAUAAUAAUUGAUGUUAACUGUUAAAAUUAAAUCUAUAUUUUUAUGUUUGUGAUGUUACAGCAACACGUUUCACACGUUAUUGAUCCUGAUCAACCAGAAUCUUUCUGCUACUGUUUAAUUCCAAUUUUUGAAAUAA